CAGGCCGACUGUCUUCCACCUCCGACUCGGAGCAGCUCCCGUCCGUCCGUCCCUCUCCCCAUUCAACGCGACGCGUAUUGAUCUUGCAGUUAUUCAGCCAGCAGCUAGCGAAAUUGAGUAAGGAUGGCGGCGCACGAUUAUUCCGGCGGCGGCGGCGGCGGCGGCGGCGGCGGCGGCGGCGGCGGCGGCGGCGACAGCGGCGAGCUUGAGGACCCAUCCUACUACCAGGAGGAGCAGGAGCAGGAGCAGGAGCAGGAGCUGGAGCUGGAGCCCGCCUUCGAAGCCUUCAUGUGCCCUCUCACCAAGCAGGUGAUGCACGACCCUGUGACCAUCGAGACGGGGCACACCUUCGAGCGCGAGGCCAUCCUCAAGUGGUUGAGGGAGUGCAGGGACAGCGGCAGGACGCCGACGUGCCCCCUCACGCAGGCGGAGCUGCGCACUGCCGACGUCAGCCCCAGCAUAGCCCUGCGCAACGUCAUCGACGAGUGGAGGGCGAGGAACCAGGACAAGGAGCUCGACAAGGCCAAGCUGCAGCUGCAGCAAUACUAUUUGGCCCCGCAGCACCACCAGGAGUUGGACGACGCCCUGGCCCUGCGAGCUCUCGGCUACAUCUCCCGCACGUGCCACGCCAGCGCCGCCAACAAGAACCUGGUGCGCCGGCAGGGCAUCAUACCCGCGGUCGCCGCCAUGCUCAAGAGCAGCAGCACAAGGGUCCGCCUCAAGUCUCUCGAGCUCCUCCGCGUCGUCGUCGAGGACAACGACGACAACAAGGAGGAGCUGGCCCUGCUGCCCCUGCCCGGGCAGCAGCAAGCAGGCGGCGGCGGCGACACCAUACGCACCAUCAUCAAGUUCCUGGCCAACGACCAUGUCCAGGAGAGGGAGCUGGCCGUCUCGCUGCUGCACGAGCUCUCCAAGCUCGAUCCCAUCUGCCAGAGGAUCGGCGCGGUCUACGGGGCCAUCCUCCUCCUGAUCGGGAUGGGGAGCAGCAGGUCCGACAGCCCUGCGGCCGUGGACAAAGCCGAGAGCACCCUCAGGAACCUGGAGAAGCACGACACCCACGUCCGGCAGAUGGCCCAGAACGGCAGGCUCCAGCCUCUGCUUACCAGGCUCAUCCACGGCACGCCUCAGGUCCAGCUCGCCAUGGCCGAGUACCUCGGCGAGCUCGCCCUGGCCAACGACGUCAAGGUCGUGGUGGCGGAGCAGGCCGGGGCGCUGCUGGUCAGCAUCAUCGAGUCGUCCCCGUCCCCGGGCAGCAGCAGCAGCCUGCCGGCGAGAGAGGCGACGCUCCGAGUCCUGAGGGAGAUCUCCUCCAACGAGUCCAGCGCCAGGAUCCUGCUCCGGGCGGGAAUCCUGCCGCCGCUGGUCAAGGACCUCCUCUCCGUCUCCGUGCUGCCCAUGAGGCUCAAGGAGGUGUCGGCCGCCAUCCUGGCCAACCUGGUGGCGUCGGGGUCGCUGCUGGAGCUGGACGGGCACGGGGGGACGGCGCUGCUGCUGUCGGAGGACGUGCUCCACAGCCUGCUCCACCUCAUCAGCAACACCGGUCCCGCCAUCGAGUGCAAGCUCCUCAGCGUCCUCGUCGGGCUCACCGCCUCCCCGGCCACCGUGGCCGACGUGGUCUCCGCCAUCCGCAGCUCCGGCGCCACCAUCAGCCUGGUCCAGUUCGUAGAAGCCGCGCACCGGGAGAUCCGCCUCGAGACCCUCAAGCUGCUGCGCAACGUGUCGCCGCACAUGGGCGCGGAGCUCGCGGACGCCCUCGGCCCGGGCCCCCUGGGCAGCCUGCUCAGGGCGGCGGUCUCUGACGGCGGCGGCGUGAGCGUCACGGAGGAGCAGGCGGCGGCGGCGGGGGUGCUGGGCGCCCUCCCCAUCGCCGAGGCUGGUGCAACGCGGCAGCUGCAGGAGCUGGGCGCGUUCCGGGCGCUGGCGUCCAAGCUGGUGGAGCUCCGGCGGGGCACCAUUAUCCGCGGCAACCGGCACGUGGCGCCCUUCACGGAGGGCGCCGUGAAGGUGCUCUACAGGGUGACGUGCGCGCUGGGGGAGCGGGAGUACGUGGGGGUGGCGCGGGAGCUGGGCCUGGCGCCGCUCUUCGUCGACCUGCUGCAGCAGCAGAGCGUCACGGCCAGUGGCCUCGACGCCGUGCUGCUCUACUCAGCCAUGGCGCUGGAGAACCUGUCGCUGCAGUCGGGGAGGCUGACGGCCCUGCCGGAGCCGGCGCCGGCGCCCCCGCCCCGGGGCAAGGCCAAGGGCCUCCUCCUCAUGUGCCGCGCGUGCCUUGGGGGAGGGACGCCGCUGCCGCAGCCGCCGCCCGGCACCUGCCGCGUGCACGGCGGCUUCUGCUCGCUGCGUGAGAGCUUCUGCCUGGCGGAGGGCGGGUGCAAGGCGGUGGAGCAGCUGGUGGCGUGCCUGGAGCACGCGGACGCGCGGGUGGUGGAGGCGGCGCUGGCCGCGCUGUCGACGCUGGUGGGGGACAGCGUCGCCAACGCGGCGGAGGGCGUACUGGUGGUCGGCGAGGCGGAGGGGCUGCGCCCCGUGGUGGAGGUGCUGGUGGAGAACCGGACGGAGGCGCUGCAGCGGCAGGCCGUGUGGGCAGUCGAGCGCAUCCUGCGCGUCGAGGACAUUGCGCAGGAGGUGGCGGCGGACCAGACCGUGGCGUCAGCACUCGUCGAGGCCUACCGCAACGGCGACGCCCGCACCCGGCAGACGGCGGAGCGCGCGCUCCGCCAUCUCGACAGGAUCCCAAACUUCUCCACCGCCUUCCACCACGCCAAAGCCAGGCAGUAGCAGGGAGCAUCUCUCUUUCGACUUCGACUUCUGAGCGUGCAAUGCAUAGGCAAAUUACAGCUGUGAUUAUAUGAUGUAAGCUGCAUACAUUUUGAUUCGUGUACGUGUUUAUAUAAACAAACGGAGCACAGUAUGAGACAACUACGAGUCGUCCAAACCGGUUUGGACGGUCAGAUCCUGAA